GGCAGCAUUUCUGGGUCUUCACUGAUACCCAGGUGGAUCCAGGGUCUCCCCGCCCCAUCACCGACCUGGGGCUGCCCCAGGGGGUCACGGUGGAGGCGGCCUUCGUCUGGGGGCACAACGGCAAGACCUACCUCUUCGAGAGCUCCCACUACUGGCGCUUCGACGACCGAGCUGGAAACGUGGAGCCCGGGUACCCCAGACCGCUGACUCUCUGGAAGGGGGUGCCCCCUGGGCUGGAUGACAUCAUCAGCUGGAACGAUGGAAGCACCUACUUUUUCAAGGGCACCCAGUACUGGCGGUUUCUGGGGGGCAGCGUGGAGGCUGAGAGUGGGUACCCCAGGUCAGCCCCCCAGGACUGGAUGUACUGCCAGGGCUCCCCCACUGCAUCGCCGGCCCCGGGGCCCCGGGGAGGAAGCGGGAACCCUGGAGGUGGCCAGUGUCUCUGCAGUGGGGCUCUGCCGGGCCCCCUGCCGGCCUUCCUGACUUGGACCCUGGCUCUGGCAUGGGCCCUGCGGUGACACCUGCCGUGCUGCGCCGA